GCAUUGGCGACUUCCGGCGCGGCCAUUUUGUUUUUCAUCGCUUUCCAAGGGUACCCGCACCCGCCGGCCGCGGUCGGUCCGUGCUCGGCACCAUGUUUCGUGUGGCCAGGACUGCUCUCAACCUCACGGCUCGCAGUGUUCAGCAUACUGCAGUAAGACAAACUCAUCAUCGCAAGCAUGAACUGAACUUCCAUGAUAAAUAUGGAAAUCUGGUGCUGAUUGGUGGAGCAGCAUUUUUUGCUACUGUCUGGGGAUAUGUGCUUACAAAAUCUGGAAUUGAGUGGGGCUUGUCACCGAUUGGCAGAGUCACUCCUAAAGAGUGGAGGGAAUAAAGCUUUUGCUUAUAAUGAACUGGUCCAAGCUUUCACAGGAGAAAAAAAACAUACAUGUGCAUGAACAUAAUGGCUUUUGUUCCAUGGGUACCACUUGUGCUGUGGCAUUCCUGGUCUAAUAAACAUACCUAGAAACCUG